AUGGCCCGGAUAUCAUCCACCGAUAAACCCUUAAUAAUUGUCGGCGCGGGUGUCUUUGGACUUGGCCUCGCAUAUGAGCUUGCUGCUAACAGAGGAUACACCAAUGUUACCGUCCUUGACCGAUUCGUCCCUCCGGUCCCUGACGGCAGUAGUGUUGACGUUUCACGCGUGAUCCGCGCCGAAUAUGCAGAUUCAUUUUAUGGAUCGCUCGCGGUGGACGCCAUGAAAGAAUGGCGAAGCAACCCGGACUGGUCAUCACAUUUCUACGACUCGGGCUUUGUGAUGCUGUCUUCCAGCCGGGAUCACCCAUAUAUAAGUCAAUGCCGCUCGCAACCAGUGGAAGUUUUUGAAUCCCAUGGAGCAGAAGAAAAGGUCAAGAGCCUGUAUCCGGGAGUACAAGCCCAAUUCAACGGCAUGACGGCUGUGCACAACACACUUGGUGGAUGGGCCGAUGCUCGGGCCGCGGUUCAAGGUCUUGCAGAACGAUGCAGUUUGGCUGGGGUUUCAUUCCUCACAGGAAACGCAGGAACAGUGACCUCACUCAUAACGGAAGGUUCAAGGGUUACGGGUGUUGAGACUGGCGCGGGAAGCAAGCUCUAUGCCGACUGUGUUGUUCUCGCAACAGGCGCUUGGACAAACCGCCUUGUCCCAGAUUUCAAUCUCAGUCUCCUAGCUACAGGGCAGCCGGUCGGAUUCAUACAACUCACCCCCGAGGAAGCCAAGCGACUUAGCGCGAUGCCAGUUAUGAUAAACUUUGAUACUGGAGUCUUCUGUUUCCCGCCCACGCCAGGCAGUAAUAUGCUGAAACUGGCUCGGCAUGGCUUCGGCUUUGCUACACGAGUGACAACCGUGGACGAUCGCGUAAUAUCGUCUCCGAAACUUCAAGAAAACAAUGCGGCGUCACAUUACUUACCCGAAGAUGCUGAAGAGUCCCUACGAGACGGAGUUCGUCUCUACUUUCCUGAAUUUGCGGAUCGCCCGUGGGCACGGCUAAGAAUGUGCUGGUAUACGGAUACGCCCAAGGGAGACUUUGUUGUCGACUACCACCCAAAGGUCGAAGGCUUGUUCUUGGCUACCGGUGGAUCUGGCCAUGCGUUCAAGUUCUCACCCGUUCUCGGCAAACACAUUGCCGACUGCUUUGAGAACAAAGCUUCCCAAUCUCUGCGGAAUAAGUGGGCAGCAAGAUUACCGGAUCUUAGUCUUACCGAGUAUUUGCAAGGAGACGGAAGUCGAGCUGGGCCGCCCAUGAGGGUAGUGACACAACAAGAGCAGGCGAGGUUGUAG